UGGCAGGCAUGGAGGUGACGUCAGAAGCGAGGAAACGACGGGUAAACAUGAACGAGCUGCUGCCCGUGAGUGCACUUGAGCGAAACACUAGAAACUGUCUCGUCUGGAAGGUGAUGCGAAGCACCACCUAUCAGAUGUUUCCUCGGAUUUAUGUAGUUAUCGGUAUCACAUUUGACGUGUUCUUUGUAUACUGUCACCAUGUACGGCCGUCCUUUUAUUAGUGCAAAUGAACCACUUACUGUCUAUUGAACAACCUUAACUGCCCGACCGAACUACCUUGAGCGGUGUGGAAUAGAUACUACAGGCAGACGCUACCCGGUGAAGGCAGACGUAUUACCUGAUCUGGUAACACUGCUUCGGAAGCGAUAGAAACCCAUUUAGCAACGAGUGCCCGUCGUGCACAGACCGACUGUGUGGACACGCCAGAGUGCGCAGGAGCCCCAUGGAGUGAGGUGAAGCGAGUGAGUGGAUGUGGUGACGUGAUAGUGGUGAAACAAUUCGACACACCGAGGUGGAGACGGACAACAAGCAGUCAGCUGAUAGGCGUGUAGAGUUCACCACAGGAUGAAUACCGUGGGAAGAUUGGGAGCGCCUGCGUGCCAGUACACCUUCACCCGGGUACCCGCACUCCUCCCACGCACUCACCUGCGCCCCCCACCCCGCCAGGUACACACCAUCCUUUCUCGUAGAGUUUCGCUGCAUGAGGAUGGAGAUACGCCGGUAUUCGAGAGCUUCACGGCGCCAUCUUGGAACACCCAUGGAAGCGGCCUUGUCCCCGCUGCCCGCUGCACUGCCGCCCUUAUCUCACCGGUGGCUUACGACCUUACGCCACUGUUUGCUCCCACAAAAACUAACCACCACUGCCGUCACCGCCCACUCAGCACCACCAGCGCCGUUGUGUGUGCUCGGAACAACGAAUAACAUAGUAAUUAACACAACGAUCGAGCGUAAUCACCAGUGCUCCCCAGCGGCGGCGGGAGGCGGAGUGAGCUGAAAUGCUUGUCCGUUUAUGUUGGGCGUCAGGUGGCGUGACUGCUCAGCUGGCGCAGAAGGUCCUCAUGUUUUUAAUUCCUAGCCACAGAUGGCGAGGAAGCGGCAGGUAUAGUGGCGGCCACCUUCGUGCGGCCACUGUCAGCUGAAUCACCGCUUAGUGAGAAACUCAGGCAUGGAGGAAAACAGGCACUCAUUCUCAAGUUAGGACCGCACAUAUAUACCCUAGGGAGUGCAUGCAUCCCGCCCUGGCCAGUGUUGGGGGGCGAGUCAGCGAGCAGCGGGAGGUUCACGUGACGGGACGAGAGAAGCUACCAUUCAUCUGGCACAUCACCCGCAGCUCCUCUCUCACUCUGCUUAUACACCCAAACCAAAGCCCAAAAAAAAAAAAAGCACAGCAUGAGAGAAGAUUAAAGAGGUCAGCCCUGGCAGACAACCAGGGGCACUGUGGCAUACUUGCAUCACCAGUAGUGGCCUGAAGGAGCCAUGGAGCAGGCUGCUGAAAAGGUUAUGGCUCAUGUCUCAACAGGGGACAUGACCCAUGUUGCCCGUGAAAUGCCUACACAUAUCACGGUCACCACUGGCCUGCUGGGGCCUGAGGUAGAUGGGGCCAUGGUGCAAUUAGGACAAGAGAUGGUGGAGGAGAGGAUGGAGCAGAUGGUGAGUGAAGGUCUGAGCCAGAUGGUGGAGAGGGAGAUGGCUGGGGGAGUGAUGGAACAGAUCUCCAAUGGCAUCACCAGCAUCAUUAAGAAGGAAGAGGAGCUGGAGACUGAGGUUGAGGAGGUAGGUCUAGAACCUGAUGCAGAAAAUGCUGGUGCUGAUGAGGAGGAGGAAGAAGAGGAAGAUGAAGAAGAGGAAGAAGAAGAGGGAGGAGGAGAGAUAUCAAUCAAACAGGAGAAAGGAAAGAAAGUGCAGAAGGGAAGAAAAAGGAGGAAAAGGCGACUUACUUUCACCCCAAGAAAGCUAAACAAGAUCUACCAGUGCGAGCAGUGUCCAGCAAGGUUUGCCAGGGACACCCAGCUCAAGUAUCAUGCCAAGGUGCAUCUAGAUGACCAAACUGAGAAAUAUGAAUGUGAUCAGUGCCAUGUGGUAUUUUCUCGCAUGAACAAACUGAUGAAGCACCGCCAGCAUGCCCACCAGGAGGCACUGUCCUGCACCCACUGCAAUUCCCAAUUCACCCACAUCAACAGUUACCGUCUGCAUAUGCGUCUGCACAGCGGGGAGAAGCCAUAUGGUUGCAAUGAGUGUGGGGCACGCUUUGUACAGAGCAGCCAUCUCAACAUCCACAAGCGAUCUCACACAGGAGAGAAGCCGUACCAGUGUGACGUGUGCAAACAGUCCUUCAAGCAGAUCUCUCACCUGCGUACUCAUGAGAGAAUCCACACCCAGCUCAAGCCCUAUAUAUGCCCCAUGUGUAAUGCUGCCUUCAUUCAGAAGAGCAGCCUCAAUAGGCACAGCCGCAUCCAUACUGGGGAGAAACCCUAUGUAUGUGUUGUUUGCCAGGCAGCGUUCUGUGUCAAAAACAAUCUGACACGUCACAUGAUCACCCACACUGGGGAACAGCCUUAUAAGUGUGACCUCUGUCCAGCCUCCUUUGGGCAGGCCAUUGACCUUAAGCGGCACAAAAUUGCCCACACUGGUGUCAAACCUUUUCAGUGUGAUGUAUGUGAUGCAUCAUUCAGCCGCAAGAAUAACCUCAAGUGGCACAAAUACAGCCACACCGGAGAAACACCUUUCAAGUGUGAUGAGUGUUUUGCGGAGUACACACGUCCCAGAGACCUCAAGAAACACAAGAUGAUCCACAGUACAGCGAAGCCACAUGUGUGUGAAGUGUGCAAUCAGCACUUUCUUCAGUCAACCACAUACAGACGGCAUAUGAUGCGCCAUACAGGGGAGAAGGGCUUCCAGUGUGAAAAGUGCUUUGCAGACUUCCUGGACAAGAGUGCACUCAAAAGACACAUGUAUAAGCAUGUGGGAGCCAAGCCAUACACUUGCAAGAGGUGCAAUGCAAUGUUCAGGGAGUUCCGCAGUCUUAAGAGGCAUUGUCUCCAAAUGCAUGGUGAAGAGCCAGCUAAUAGACAAGAUCACCUAUCCCAGGCUGCACAGCAGCAGCAGCAGCAGCAACAGCAACAACAACAACAACAACAACAACAACAACAACAACAACAACAGCAGCACCAGCAGCAGCACCACCAUCAGCAACAACAACAACAACAGCCGCAGCCACAGCCGCAGCCACAGCCACAACCACAACCACAGCCACAGGUCCAGCAGCCUCAACAGCAACAACAGAUUACAUUACCAUCUGGCACAAUCAUCACUACUCAGGAUGCAACCCACCUUCCCCAGUAUGGUCAGCCUGGCCCUACACAGCCUGCCUCCCAGCAGAUGGCCCAGGUUCCCACACUCAUGCUGUCAGGUGGGCCUGGCCAACCUGCCCGUGCUGCACGGCCUGCCAACAACUGCCAGAACCAUACAGCUCAUGUUUUGACCUUUGGAGGCAACAAUCAGUGGCAGUCUUGGUGCUUCUGUGAAACCCCAGCUAUACCAGAUACUCAACCUCAACAGGUGAUGGUAGCUACUACCCUUCCAGCUGCUGCUCAUCAGCAACAGGUACAGCAGCAGCAGCAGCAGCAGCAGCAGCAACAACCACCAGCACAACAGCAACAACCAGCUCAGCAGGCACAGGUACAGUCUGCACCCUUCACCAUGUCAGUGAAGGCUCCCACCAUGCCAACUCAAAUACAGCUGCAAUUUCCAUUCAGUGAAACUCAGGCAACUACAAGUCAUACGCAGUGGGUUUCAAACUGGAGUAAAUAAGUUUCUAGAUUUGUUACUUGCAUCUAAAAGGAUCAUGAUCUGUUCUUUUGUGUUUUUGUGGAAAACAGGAAGACUGUGAAGAACUGAUAAGGUUGUGACAUUCAGAUUGAAGUGUCAAGGUUUCACUGUUUGGGUAGGUUUGAUGUGUUGUGUUGGAGUGUUAAGUGUGAAAUAUUGGCAGCUCACUGUGUUGGCAAGGAUAUGGUGAUGGAGAAACAAAGAUUCUCAACUCAUUCCAAAUCUCAUGGUAAUGUUUUGAUAUUUAUUGCUUUUCAUGCAUUAUUUAUGAUCCAUGUUAUGGAAAUACUUGCUGUUGAUGUGAAGCAUCACAUUUGACAAAAGCUUACACAAAGUUACUGUACAUUCAAGUGCCAAAAGUUGUGGUGUACUGAUAAGUGGUGGUCUCUGAAUGACUCGAGCAAUGCAAUGAUAUGUUCAGACGUCUAUUUAUUUUGUGAAUAUAAUGUAACGUAACAUUUUCUAUAAAGUGACUUAGCUGAGUGCUGGGGUUCAAAGUGCUGAAUAACCUGGUUGAAUACCAUGACAGUGCUGAGGCUGGAGGGGCUGAGUGCUGAAGCCAGAGGAGGCAAAAUGGCUGAAUAGGAAAGCUAGAGGAAGGUGAGUGUGGAAGCAUCAGUCUUACCAUUAUGGAGAGGGCAUAUCAAGGCUACUUUCAGCAUCAGUUGAUCUGUUUCACUGUAAAUUUAAUUCAGUAUUUAUUAUAUUGCUUGAGUUAAAGUUCUAUAGGUGUAGCAAAAUAAAAGCACUCAGUAAAAGGGCAUUUAAAGGUUGUAAGAACAGGACAGUUUCAUAGUUGCUUAAUUACUAUGAUUCAGUGGUUGCAAAAUCUGAGCAUUAUAUUCAGAUACUUGACCUUGGUACCUUGACCUUGGCAUGCAUAAUGUUGGAACACUAACUGGUCAAGGAAGUCUUGAAGUGUUGAUCAUGUGUCUAGAAAGUGUCAAAGAAAAUAUCUUAGGUGUAAGUGAGGUUGAAAGAAAUAGAGCUGAAUUCCUAAGAGGAAAUUUUUAAGAACCUUGAAUGAAAAGAGAUAUGAAUUAAGAGUAUUGGAACAUACCUAAAUAAUUCACUGUGUAACACUAUUUUUUGUCUUUGACAAGCAAGUGUUAUUUUCCAACUCUUUUAAUUGCAAAACAUAAAAACGUCCAUUAUUCCUGUCAAACUGCUUUUGUGACUUAGAAUUAUUUUUUAUAUAAAUAGCAAAAUUUCAGCAUUUUCACCAUUUUUGGACAGAAAACAAAAAACAAAUUCAAAUGUCACAAAUUUAUUUUAAAACUUUGAAACAAAUUUUUAGUAUUAAAAAUUAACAGUUUUUCUUGAUUUGUGUGAAUACAACAAAUCACUUUCACAUAUGAGCCCCCAGAUGUAGUCUCCCAUCAUGUUUUCAUUGAAGGAUCCCUGAUGUCUCUGUUCAGAGUUUAUUAUAUCUUGGUGGAAGCGCUUCCCAUUUUCCUCAGAAUACACUUCCAUAUUCUCCUUGAAGUUGUUGAGGUGAGCUAGGAUAUGGACCUUCAAGGACAUUCUGCAGCCCAUCUCACCAUAGCUUUUCACUAAAGCUUCAACCAGUUCCAUAUAGUUAUCAGCCUUGUUCUUGCCAAGAAAGCCCUGUACUACAGCAAUGAAACACUCCCAAACUUUUCUCCUUUCCUGUGAGCUUCUGUAGAAAUUCUGGGCACUCCAUAAUUUUCCUUACUUGUGGUCCAGUGAAGAUACCAGCUUUCACCUUUGCCUCUGAAAGCUUGAAGAUAUUUGAAGACAGCAGACUCCCUGUCAAGAGCUGUAACAAACUUUCAUGAGAUCCAGUUUGAUAUGUAGUGGAGGAAACAAAACCUUUUGAGGAUUCACCAAUGGCUCAUGUUUGAUAUUGUGUGCUCCCACUGUAGUGUCAGUCCUUGGAGGCCAGUGCUUUCUCUUUCAAACAUUUUUCCAGAUGCUGUCACAGAGAACUUCUUUACUCUUGUCUUGAUGAAUUGACCACAUUAUGUAACAGAAUGCAUCUGGAGAAUGAUUGCAGCCUCUUGAUGCCAUUUUACCUCUUGUGAUGUGUCUUCUCAGGCAGCCAAAGCAGAACUGAUUGGUGGUCUGCAAACCUCUACUUUUAUAUCAUCAAGCAGUACUCUAGAAUAUUCUUAGUCUUUCUAGAACGUGUUCCAGAAUGUUCUCAGUCUUUCUAGAAUAUUUUGAACCUACUUUAGAAUAUUUUGAACCUACUUUAGAAUAUUCUGAAUUAUUUUAGAAAACUCGUAGAUUCUAGGAAAUUCUUGAUACUUCUACAUAUUUCUACUGUAUUUUAGAAAGUUCUAGAAUAUUCUUGAAAUGUUUACAUUGAAUAGAAUGUUCUAAAAUGUUCUUGAAACUUUUAAAAGAAAGUGUCUGGUAGAACAUUCUGGAAGAUUUGAGAUUUCUGAGAUGUAAGCAAAUUGUCCUAAAUAUGAGAAAUUUCUUGCUAGAUCUGGUCAAUUCAAGAAUGAUCUUAUUAAAAUUAAAAAUCUUUAAAAGACUAUAUUCUUUCUUUCAUUGUUUUAGCUUAUUUGCAACUUUUCAAAAGCAAUUAGAUAAGCAAUUGAGAUUUUGCAAAGGUCUUUACCAGACAUGAAAACCAAUAGUAACUCAUACUAUAAUGAAAUAAAGCAAAAAUGUAAAUUCAUUGUGCUAACCACAAAAGCAGAGUUUUACAAUCAAAGUAACUUUUCUUCUAUUUUAUUCAGAUGGAAAUAACUGGAGCCAAGGACAAGAAAAAAGUUAAACAUAGUGUUAUAAUCUAAGAUCAGCUGAUAUUGUUUUGAUGUGUGCAUACAAAUAGAUUAUAACAGGUGACUGUAAUUACACAAAGAAAGACAUAUAAUACAUGUUAAAAUGAAAGCAAAAGUUAUUCAGCAAUUUCAUAAUGAAGUUUAAGAUUGAUGUAGGGUGUGAAGUGAUAGAAGUACAAGUCUAAAUCUUGAAAUUUAAAUUAAAUGAUGGAGGGCAAUCAAAUGGGUGCUCUUAUUAGAUAAAAUUGUUAUAAAGACUAAUCACCCAUCAUCACUGAAGAUUUAGAAAUAAUGUGUUCUAACAAAUUAAAACCUUGAAGUUUUGUAAAGAUCUCACAAAAGAUCUUAGUGUCCAAAGUGGAAUGGAGAGAAUAAUGUUUGACAUGUCAGAGAAUUAAGAAGCAGACUAAGCAAGUUAAAGAUAGUUUAACAACAGUUUAAAAGAAAAGAAGUGGACAUAGAUAUGAUACAUCAUGUUCCAAACAGAUAAUAGUCAGAAUAAUGGAACAGAGAUGAGCAUAGAAUCAUAUGCAGGGUUAAGUAUAGCUGGGAGUGAUCUUGAAUGAUUUAAGCAAUUAUAUGUUUCUUUGUUUAUUGUGUAAAUGUUAAGAAAUUUGAAUGGUAAUGUGAGCAAUGGAAAAAGACAAGAUGAGAAGUUUGAGGUCUUUUUUCUGCUGUAGGAUCAUGGACGCUGAUGAUAAUGUUGAUGCUACUUUCACUUGUGUUGAACAAAACUUCUAUAUUUUAUUUGUUUGUUUUUUUAUGUUUGUGAAAUACUUCAUAAGUUAAAGAAAACAGACCAUCAAGUUUAUUUGUAAUUAUAGCAACAGGUUGGCUGGGGGCAGAAGUGUCCUGGUCUGGGGUGUUGUUCCUUCAGGACAAUUGUACCAGGAUUGGAGUGAUGGCCUGGAUAUUUUUGUAUGCUUACAUUUUUCUCAGAUGUUCCUCUCCUGAAUGAAGGAAUUUAGAUUUCCAUCAGAGUACUUAUCAAGUUUAGUGUAUUGAGCCUUUCUGCAUGGCCAGUGUGUUGGUCAGGUUUGACUUCUGUGGCAACUGGCAGGCAGUUUACUUCGUACCAGUUUGUGGCUACAGCUAUCGGUCCUUAGUUCAUUCCCUUAGAGGACUUAACUAUUUUUGUAGGUACAUCAUAGUCAUCUGUAUGAUGUGUCUCAUCAGUCACUUUGCUGCAUGACUGAUUGCUGGCCUUGGUCUCUUGUCUCCAUUUUUGAGCUGCUAGUACAGGUUUGAUAAGUUGUGAGUUGUUGAAACUUUAAGACUAGAAUCUUGUAAAGAUUAAUUAAAGGGUUAUUUGAUUUCUUAUAUAGCUGGUCUUGAUCUCAGAACAUCACGUGCAAAUAAUAGAAUAAUGUACUUAUUUCUGUGAAUAAAUGUAAGGGUGAUGGAGAUUGAAAAAGUUGCCCAUAUUCUGAUAAAGGUCAGCUCAGGUAAAAGAAAAUGAGACCACUCAUUAUGAAAUGAUGACACUCAGUAUGUAAUACAGUGGAACCUCAGUUCUCGAACUUAAUUCGUUCCUGAAUGCCUUUCAAAAUCCAAAAUGUUCAAAAACCAAAACUAUUUUCCCCAUAGGAGUCAAUGUAAAAUGGAUUAAUCUCUUCCCAGACACCAGUCUAUCCUGUCUUAGUGGCUUGUGACAGACGCUCCCACAGCCAAGAUGGCUGCUUCACAUCUCCAGUUCACAAAUUAUUCAUCCAGAAAGGAUGUAUUGAAUGAACUUAGUGACACAGAAUUCAUCAGAAGAUACUGCUCAGAUAGAUUUAGUGAGGGAAGCCUUACAGAGGGACACAGAGAGGAGCAACCCACUUCCUGCCAAAGUGAGGGUGAUCAUAACACUUUGACAUCUUGCUAAUGGGAAAAGCUACUGGAGAAAUGCAGUUGUGCAGUAGUAAUGGCAUUGGGGCUCGUUAGGAGAGCUACAGGUUACUUGGGAUUAUUUCUGAGCGCUCAAAACUCUUUACAUCGAGGCUUUUCAAUGGGAUCACAUUUACCUUAUUUCAAAGAUUGAAUUACUGUGUUACACUCUGUCUCUCUCCUCCAGGUAUAUAAAAACAAAGUAGAUAUUUAUAGAAACUGUAAAUUAGUAAUAAAUUGCAGCUUUUUCUGUGUAUUUUAAUAUUUGGAAUCAAGUAACUUUGUUUUAAAACCGAAUUAUGGUAAUGCAACUGAAGCAACAAUGAGUUCGAAAACCGAUUUGUUUGAAAAAGGGAGACGUUUGGUAACUGAGGUUCCACUGUAUUCAGAAAGUUUAGCUUGUAACAGGUUUGCAUUGUGUUUUGAAUAUUCUAUGCCCACAAGUUGGGCAUUGUCCACCACUCAAAGCUUAAUCAAUGGUGCUCUUCCCAGGACGAUGCCUUCCUUGCAUUGCCAAGACAGUCACUUCCAGUGUUGCAGGUUGCUUCUCACUGACGUCACCACUUGGCCUGUCUUUAGUGCACAGCAGGUGCUUUGAAUAAGGCAGGUUUUCAUCACUAGACCAAAUACUCAUUCAUCACUGUCCUAUGAAUGAAUUUUGCUGUAUGUAUUUAUUUAUAAGAGUGGCCAGUACACAUUAUACAUGCGUGUACAUGCUUGUAAUAAAAUUCGUCCCAGUC